AUGUUUAAGCGCCUAUUCGGAUACACUCAGACUGCAUCCCGUGCGUACUUAUUCCGCCCUGUCCGCACAUUUCCCCUAGUAAACGCGACCAUCAUCCAAGCGCACGGAUUCUCAAACACUAGUGCCAAUAUGUCCGACGGUAAAUCUGCUUCAGCAACUAAAUCAGAGGAAGAAUGGAGGGCCCAGCUAUCUCCAGAACAGUUCCGCAUCUUGCGCCAAAAAGGCACAGAGCCUGCCGGCACUGGUAAAUAUGAUAAACACUACGAAGAGGGUGUAUACACUUGUGCCGGAUGUGGUACUCCCUUAUAUACUAGCAAAACAAAGUUCAAGAGCGGAUGUGGAUGGCCAGCGUAUUAUGACUCAAUUCCUGGAGCUGUAACAAGACAUGAAGAUAGGUCCUUUGGAAUGCUCAGGACCGAAAUAACAUGCACUGCAUGCGGAGGUCACCUUGGACACGUAUUUAAAGGAGAAGGUUUCCCUACACCAACCGACGAAAGGCAUUGCGUAAACAGCGUCUCGUUGUCGUUUAGCGAGGGCGACACAGUUGUUCAGAAGUGA